UGGUAUCUGGAUUUUUGCUCCGUUUAGUUUGUCAUGGAUUGACCCUGGCUUGAUUUCUCAGACUGCUCUCUGCUUUCCUCCUAAAUACCGAGACCAUCUGGGCACACCUGGUUGUAUUCAAGAUGGAUUCAGCAAACCAAAGAAAGACGUCUUUGAUCCAUUACAUGCUGAUAGUUUUCUUCCUGAAUGUGAGCACGGAUGCACUAGGUCAUGCCGUCAAAUGUCCUCUCUUGAAAGUUCAGAGAGGGACGGUUUAUAAAGUGUUCAUAAACAAGACUUUCAAGAUCUCCUGUGAGCUGAUGUUUUGUGAACACCAGAAAGUCAAUGUGACGUGGACUAAAGUAAUCUUAAACAGCUGGACUCCGGUGUCUGAAUCAGAUCAGAUCUCUACAUCACAGAUCUACUCAUCAUCUCACACAAAUACGUUGACUUCAUAUUUAACUUUCACGAAUAUAUCAAAGCAUCACGAAGGCUCUUACAGAUGUGAACUAAACCUACCACACAUCUCCAUGUACAGCCAUCAAAUAAACGUUUCUGUCUCAGAGACGACAGAAAGAGAAAACACUGACCUCAGCUCAGGUUCGUAUCCGUGGUGGCUGCCGUAUCUCUUCAUCUGUUCGGGGGCACUGAUCCUGCUCCUUCUAGUAAUGUCCAUCCUGUGGAUCAGUGCAUGUAAAAGUUCAAAGAGAAAAAACACACAGAGAACACAGGUCCAGUACACAGCAACGUCUGUCCAGUCGCCACCGAGCCCCAGUGUUCAGAAACGGGACGAAGAAACACAGAAGCGCUCAAUCACAGCAACACAUUAACAUCACACCCCGGACAGUCUCCAUCACACGUGUCAGACUCCAGCGAUGAUCUUUUGCAUAACAGGAGAGAAAGCAGAUCGAGUCAGGUUGUGUACGCGUCUCUGCAUCACCUCGCACCCCCGCCCUCAUCAUAUACCACAUCUUGUCAGACACAGGAGGAGGUUUCGGAGUAUGCAUCUAUCAGGUUCCGGGUCUCCUGAUUUUCUGUCUGCAUUAACAGUGAAACCACGUUUUUAAGGGUCCAAAAUUAAAGAGUGAGGUGGUUUUGUGCGACCUUGCGGUACAGUUGAUCUACUCCGUCUGACAGGAAGCAGGAGAUGUGUGCGUGUUUUCACACGGCACAGUACAAAUCAUCACAUGGUUAACUCAUUACAUCACGGAAAAUCAUUGCUGUUCAGUUCAGUGUGGUUUUUAUCAAGUCAAGCUCGCACCACUAAUCACGUGCGUCUGAUGCAACAGGUCUGAGUGUAAAGCCGUAAAACUUAAAUGAAUGAUAGAAUUACUAAUUUGAAGCACAAGGAUAUGCGUGCAGAUAUUGAUGUUUUGAGCCUUAAACGCAUGAGGAAUGGUGUAUUGCUUAUGCCUGGGUUUGUAAAUGUGUUUGUUGUAAUGUUGUAUAUUAUACGUCAGGGUUUUUUUGAAGGGACAACAAAAAGAGUACUAAUAAAAUGGCAAAAGUUAAAAUAAUAACAGCA